UUUGUGCUCUCCACUUGUGCAUUGCAGAAAGCAAUCAGGGAGAUCGCCAAAGUACCACAGGUCAUUCUAGAGAUAUCCAUCCACGGAGUUCGGAUCUUGGAUGGAAAGAAUGGGCGACAAGCUGCUGAUCAUGACAUCUCUCAUAUCCAGAUAGUUUGUCAAGAUGAAAGAGAUCUAAACUGCUUCACCUACAUAUCUCAGGACGCUGAUCGGAAUCUUUGCCAUGUUUUCUGUGUGUUGACAGCUGAUGUAGCAACGGAAAUCAUCAUCACUCUAGGACAUGCCUUCGAGCUAGCCUACAAACUCCAGAACGGCGAUCCUCUAGAGGAGAUCGCAGACGUCUAA